AACGGAAGCAGGAACUUCUGCUUUUUGCUUCACAAAAUCACCUCCUGGACGCACAGUAAGCAAGAAGUCACUUAGGUUUCACACUGUAGUGAGCACUUUUAACUUUGACUCACUGGCUGUUUGCUUCUUUUUGACAUUUUGCCCUAACCUUAUCAAAGCAGAUUUUAACAAUGGAAGCUCUGAUUUUAAUGAUUCUGCUCAUCACACCAGGUGUCUGGAGCAGAAACUGGGGUGUGACCUUUGAAGACCAGUGCGCCCUGACAGGGACAUCAAUAGUUCUGAAGUGCGAGUAUGACUAUCCUUACGGUCAUGAAGUGACUUCAGAGAACUGGUAUAUAGCCCGACCUGUAUAUGGACAGUAUAGGCUGUAUUCCAUUUCAUCAGAGUUUAAAUACAUAGGCGACAAGAACGGUGACUGUAGCCUUGAGAUCCAUAAUGUAAAACGCAGCUACGAAGGACGGUACUACUUUAGGUUUGAGACAAAGACCAACAGAUGGACAAGUAAAAGAUAUGCUUAUCUCUCUGUUAAAGAGUUGACAGCUGUUGUGGAGCCCAGCACUGUGACAGAGGGGGACAAUGUCACGUUGACAUGUUUCACAGGCUGUCCUACACCCACAACCAUCGUCUGGUUAAAAGACGGACGACCUGCACCAGGACCUAGCUUAAAUGUUAGGAGAGAAGACGCUGGAAGCUAUUACUGUGCUGUCUCGGGACAAGAGGCUGCCAGAUCUGCCCCUGCAGCUCUUAAAGUUCUAUAUGCCCCCAUAGACGUCACACUGACAGUGCAUCCUUCUCCUGAUGACAUCAUGACAGAAAGCUCGGUGACGAUGACCUGCAGCAGCGACGCCAACCCCCCUGUGACCCACAGUGAAUACAUGCUGUACAAGGACGGGCAGCUCGUCAGCACAGGGCAGAGGCACAGCAUCCCUGCCAUCCAGCCCAGUCACAGCGGUGUCUACCACUGCCAGGCCUCAAAUAGUAUCAGCCGGAACGGCCUCCACCUCAUGAACUCCACCACGGUUCAUGUCGAUGUCCAGUACCGUCCCAUGAACAUUGUCGUGUCAGUGGAUCCACCACACGUGGCUGCAGGCAGCCCGGUGAACCUGACGUGCAGCUGUGCAGCUAACCCUGCAGCAGACAACUACACCUGGUACAAGAGAUCCAAUGCCGCUGGCGCCAGCUCCCUGGUCAGGGUGGCCUCUGGGCGGGUGAUGUCUCUUCCCUCUAUGACGUCAUCACACAUCGGACUCUACGUCUGCCAGGCCUCUAACAGUCGGGGGGACAGCCACUCCGCGGAGGUGCUACUGUCCGUGGCAGAAAGGGAAGGCACCCAGUCUGUACCAGUCCUGGCUGUUGUCGGAGUUUCUCUAUUUGUGACAUUCUUGGUUGCCGUAAUAAUGUUCUGGAAAUGGAGGAGCCGUGCAAAGAAGAAAAAAUCUGUGACAGACGUCAAGCUCAGUGGCAGAGACUCCAGCUCUUUAGCCAAUGAAGAUGAAUCUGUUUACGCCAACAUCCACAUGUUUCCAUCCUCUCCUUCACCCAAAACAACUGCCCAGAACAUGACAUCUGCCUCAGACACAAACUCAACCUGUGAUCAUGAUGAUUAUACCUUAUGUAAAGAUGAAGUGACCUAUUCCACAGUGACCAUUAAACCCAAGAACCAGAGUCUCUCCCAUUACAACAGCAGAGCACCACAGACCUCCUGCGCCAAAGAAGAAAAUGAUGUCACUGUGAUCUACGCUACUGUGGUUCAAUCCAGCUGAGUUUGACAGACGUUUGACUCACUUGAGAACUGGAUCAUAAGUAUCAUUAUCCAUUGCUGUAUUUUUACAGAGAUAGUAUUUAUAAGCUUAAAGCUCAGUGUGACCAUGGGUUCAACUGAGGCCCGUUUGCUUGUGCAGUAGUCUAUGACAUUUACAUAUAAUAUUGUCUUGUAAUAUACACUAAAGCAGUAAUUAUUUAACGUUUUCUUAGCGAGUGCUGUGUAUUUAAAUGUUCCAGAAACACAUCUUCCUCCUGUUAUCAGUGUUUGGGACCUUUUGUUUUUUUGCGCAUAAUUUUUUGCUAUAUUAGUACAGUAAAAGAAAUGCA